UAGGAGGAGGAUGGAUCGAAUGAAAGGAGGAGACCACAAGGAGGAGGGUCCGUUGCGAAGAAAACCCACUUGUACAUGUUGUACUAAUACUACUACCACCCAUGCAAGGAGGAAUUGUAUUUUAUCCUUCUUCACCCAAAAAAAAAUAAAAGAAAAAGAAAAAAAAAAAAAAGUGUUGGAAAAAUAGACAUUCGUCCUCCUCCUUCUAUUCCGUGGCGGCUGAUCAUCUCCCGCGCGGACGUGGAACUCGGCGGACCCAGUCGCCGACGACUACUCACACUGGUCGGUUGUUGUUUGAUCGGGUGGGCUCGUUAUACUUCGUCGUACAAGUGCUUGUGCCCUUGGUGUGUUUUGACAGUUCAUUCAGUAUAGCAUCGUGUGCUCUCCGGUUAGAAACACACACCCCCUACCCACCCAUCAGUUGGCUAUUUUCUGUUGUCUUUCUAACUGUAAUAUUCCGCCUAUAUCAUCCAUCACCUCCCCUCCUCCCUCAAGGCCUUUUUCACAGGCAAACAAUUUUCCGCAAUUUGAACUUUUUUGAUUCGGAUCCAGUGGAAUUUUUGACACGCAGAAACACAUUUUUUUUUUGUUGUUGUUUCGUAUCGCGUCGUGCCAGCGAGAAAACGUGCCAAUAUUCGUCCGCGCGGAUUUGAUUUCAUUUAUUAUCGGCGACGAUCCACAACGAGCAUUCAAAUAUAUGCCUCACGUUAUUGUGCAAGCCAAAGAAGACCAUGACGACCGGAACUAGUUGACAAACCAGCGGCUCCAUUCUCCCUUUUUUUUUUUUUUUAUUUAUUUAUUAUUUUUUUUCAUCAAGGAGGGCAUUUAAUUUGUAUUAAAUUAUCCCGUCCGUUUGAUUAAAAAAAAAGAAGCAAACAAAUUGGGCAAUUUGAUUUUGCUGGGAUUGACGAGUAGAAAGAUAAUCAAGAGAGUCAACAUCAUCAGUCAUCCAUCAAUCAUCAUGUGUUCUUCCGCCAGUGACAGCAGCAAAUCGUCGCCUCCGCCUCCGUUGUCGUCGUCGUCGUCGUCCGUUUCGUCGAUGGCCUCGUCCGUGCGGAGGUUGCGAUGCCUCGAGCCGGCCACUCACCUCGUCAACGGCGGCAUGGAAACCUUGUUCUUCAGACUGGGCUACGUGGUUGGCCGGCAUCCUUGGUUCACCAUCGGCCUCUGCCUACUGCUCAUCGUGACCCUGGGCGGUGGCCUAUUCUUCUGGGUGGAGGAACACGACAGCGUCGCCUUAUGGUCCACCUACGACUCGGUGGCCCGGCGCAAUUCCGAAUGGGUCAAUCGACACUUUAGCGACGACGUCCGUUACGAGUCCGUCAUCGUCGCUGCCCAAAACAAUAUCCUCAGACCUGACGUCCUCAUCUUGCUGGCCGAAAUGGAUCUUGCCGUCAGAAAUCUCAGCACGGCCGACGGCCACCAAUGGAAUAACUUGUGCUUCAGGUUUGGAAAGACGCUGAAGAGACACGAACACAACCAGAGCCACAACAGGAGAAGACGCCGGCGACACAUUUCCAAUAACGAUACUUCCGUGGCCGCAAGUUUCAACCACCAUCCGCAUUAUUCGCAUUAUUCCCAGCACAGCGUCGUUGUCAAUCGAACGGAUGAGGCGGAAGAAGAAGAAGAAGAGGAAGCCGAAUGGGAUGUUGGGGAUUUGUCAAAAUUGGAUUUCAGUCAAGUGUUUGCCGAUGACGAAGGCGAUUACGAUUCAUCGUCAGUGUCCGGCGGAGGAUUUCUGGGGAGACGGGCACAACAUUUAGUGAAUUUGUUGGCCCAGCCGGACGAUUGUUUGGUGCGCAACAUCCUCCAGAUUUGGGACUCUGAUUUGGACCGGAUCAAGUCACUGGAUCAACGCCAAAUUCUGGCCGACGUCAAUGCCGCUCUCAUUCAAGGAAACGACCAAGGUGAUCCAGUCAACUCGUUGGAAUUUCUCGUAUCGGAUGUCCGGCGAGACGGCAACGGCAGUAUCUACCACGUCGGCGCCACAAUGAUGACCUGGUUACUAGACAACAACCCAAAGAAUGCCAGCAUUUACACGCUGUGGGAAAAGGAUUUCAUCCAUCAAACGCUGCACAGCAACCUGACCAUCCCCGAAGACGUCCAUUUGUAUUCGUUGGCAUCGAGCAGUUACGUCGAAGGAAUUGCGGAGGCUGUGACGAGCAACUUUACCGUUUUGAUGAUGGGAUUUUCGCUCAUCAUCUUUUACUUCAGUUUCGCCAUGGGCCGUUUCAACUGGAUCGAGCAAAGAGUUGUCCUGUCAAUCGUCGGCGUUUCGGUCGUUGCCCAGGCCAUUCUGGCCUCUUACGGACUAUGUUUCUACCUGGGCGUUCAAUACGGACCCAUCCAUCCGAUUAUUCCGUUUUUGCUCCUCGGAAUUGGAGUUGACGACAUGUUCGUCAUCAUCCAGGCGCUAGAUAAUUUAUCGGUGGAAGAGAAGCAAUUGCCGAUUCCGGAACGGAUGGCUCGAGCCAUGAAACACGCCGGAGUGUCAAUCACGGUCACGUCCGUCACUGAUAUCGCCGCAUUUGCCAUUGGAGCUACGACCAGCAUGCCGGCCCUGCGAUCCUUUUGUAUCAACGCCAUGUCGGGCAUUUUGAUGCUCUUCGUCCUGGAAGUGACUUUCUUCGUCGCGCUGACUGUGCUGGACGAGCGCCGCAAAGAGCGCUACCGGAUCGGCUGCUGCUUCCAGCCCAAAACGGAAAACUGGCAGCCGGCCCCGUGCUCCCAGCGCGAUUUGCUCAAACUCUUUUUCGAGCGCUUCUACGGCCCGUUUCUGCUGCGGACGCCCGUCAAGGUCUUCGUCAUGAUCAUGACAGCGGUCCUGGUCUCCGUCAACAUUUGGGGCAUCUUCCAGCUGGAGCAAAACUUUGACCCCAAUUGGUACCUGAACGAACACUCUUACCCGUCGGAAUACUUCAACGCCAUGAGGCUCUACUUUCCCGAAAGCGGCGAACGGGCCUCCGUCUACACCGGGAAGAUUGACUACAUAGGUCAGCGCGACCAGCUAAACCGGAUGACUGAGCUCUUGAGAACCAACCCGUUCAUCCACCCGAACUCGGUCAACUUUUGGUACGACGACUUUCAAAACUGGCUCAACCGAACCAGACAAGUCGAGUUUCCCGAUGAUGAGCCGACUUUCAAGGAGCUCGUUCAAGAGUACCUCUUCAGCCCCGAGGGCCGCCACCACCUGCAGGACCUCAAAGUGGAGGGCAGCAUUCUCGAUCUCGAAGGCAACUUCAACAUCACCGGUUCAAGAGCUCGUUUCCACCACCUGUCGCUGAAAAAUGCCUCGGCCAAGAACAAGGCCCUGGAGUCGAUCGCUGCUCUGUCCAACGACGUUGUCUUUGGUGACGAUGUUGACCUGUCUAGUCCCAUCAUCUUCACUCACAGUUACAUCGAAUGGGAAGCCAACCGAGUGAUUAGUAGCGAGCUGAUCCGCAAUUUGUGCCUGACGAUGGCGGCCGUUGUCAGCGUGACGUUGAUCCUCAUCUCGGACUUGGUGACCGUCUUUUGGGUCUUCACGUGCAUCGCUUUCACGCUGAUCGACCUGCUGGGUCUCAUGUACUAUUGGGGCCUGACGGUGGAGAUCUCCUCGUCCAUCAUCGUCAUUCAGGCCACCGGAUUGGCUAUCGACUACUCGGCCCACAUCGGGCACACUUUCACCACCAUCCGCGGAUCCAAAUCUACUCGUGCCAAAGCGACGUUGACCCGAAUGGGACCAGCCGUCUGGAACGGAGGCUUUUCCACUUUCCUGGCCUUUGUCCUACUGGUCAACACCGAAUCACACAUCUUCACGACUUUCUUCAAGCUCUUUUUUGGCGUCGUCGUCUUCGGGUUGUUUCACGGACUCGCCUACCUGCCGGUGGUGUUGAGCUGCUUAGGACCCGACGAGGCUGGCGGUUCGGGUAGCGGAGCGGCCAGCGGUUCCAGCGAUUCCAUUUCGACAGAGUUCUCCUCUUCUCCAUCGUCCAAUUCAUCCGAUUCCUCCGCUUCGACGCCCAUACAGAAAAAGCAGUCGUCCAUCUCGGCGCUGGCUCUCGACAAUCCAAUAUUCAUAUCCGACAUUCAGAUUGUUUGCUACCCGAAUUUGCAUCCGCUGGACAUCAUGAACGGGCAGAAAAGUAGCAACGCCUGGAAAACGAACCGCUCGUCGUCGGGGGUAUUGGUCGAGCCGCAACAACUGCAGGGACAACAGCCGAAUAAAGUACCAUACAUUCCGCAGCCGGAUUACACUCCGUUACCAACCCGUCGGGUGGAUGGUCUGCUUACAGCUGUCCAGCAGAAGGGCAAACCUGUCGCCCGAAGCAGCAGCAGUAUCGUACGAGCGUCGAGUGGCGUCGGCGGGCCGACAAUCGAGCCCUGCAGCCAUACGAUGCCGCGAACAGCAGAAGAGAAACGAUCCAAGACCGCACCGAUCACCGUCAGACCGAUUUCCAUCGAAUCCAUCGAACCCACUUCAAAUGAGGAAUCUUCACCGCCCAGCGUGAAGCAGCGAGUGUGGCAUCAUCCGCAGUGGCAGUCGAGUCAAUUUCUGGCCAACGAUUGGAGCGCUGCCCUGAUGAAGCGGCUUUCGGUCGAAGCCCAAAGCCACCGCGAACAAAAGAUCCUUCGAGAGGCUAACAAGGAACUGGAGCGUUUCGAGACUGAGAUCGAAUCCUACUUGGAAGAUGUGGAGGAAGAAGAAGAUGUAGAAGAAGACCAAAAGUUACCGAGUGAAUUGGUGAACACGAAUCACGAAUCAGUAGGUGGAGACUCGAGUUUUAUUCAUACGCCGAGUUCAACAGUAAGCCCGGCAAUGCCGAUUAGUUCCUUGCCUCAACGAGUCCAUCAGCAGCCCAGAAGCACGGCCUCUUCUUCGUCAUCACAGUCGGAUUCCGGUUCCGAGAGGAAGAAAGAACAGAGAAACCAGACGCUCAGUACGUGAUCGCGAUCAGAUUUUUAAGCCUGAAAUCCGGUUACACACAACAUUAAAAAACACGCAUACGUUUACAAUAGAUGUCCUGUUUUUUAAUCCAGGCGACGCUCAACGCCACAAUACGGCGACUUCUUCUGAAAUUGUUAUACAGUUUUUUUUUCUUAAGGAAAUUGAUAGCACUGCAUAUCCAUCCAUAUUAUUUGCGCCUUUAUUAUAAUUAUUAUUAACCACACCUCCCACACACACACAAACGUGUCGCUCGUUUUGAAAUUGUUUGAUAAUAUUAUAUUAUACAUACAGUACCAUUUCUUUUAAAAUAAUCCGUACAAUAUUAAUAAUUUUAUGAAUAGUUUUUUUUUUCAUUUAUAUCGAUCUGUGUUCCAUUUGUAAUUUUGGCGUGAAUGUGUCAAGAGAUCUAACCGCAAGUCGGGACGGUCGUUGUCGUUGUUAAACAAUUUGAAUUGUAGAUUAAUUCAAAGUAAAAUUUUAGAGGUGAAACGAAACAUGUACUUGCAUUGAAAGUGAACCUUGCCGAGGGUCUAUUACUGACUGUACAUUUAUUUUGGCAGUGUAGUGAUUCACCCGAUUUUGUUUACUUUUGAUGAUUCUUGUUAUCUAACUACAUUCUGAACAUUCCCGAUGCACCUGUCUGCCAGCCACACAACGACACCGAUCAUUCCAAAAUAUUUGAUAGGCAUAAAUGUUGUUGUUGAUUGUGCUUCGAAUUUCUUUCCCCAAUUUUUGUUUCUUUCAAUCGUACAUUUCCCAUGUGUGCCGUAGUCGUGAUGUGUUUUGUAUAUGAUUCCCUGAGAGAGAGAUAAAAUUGCGUGUGUAUUUAAGACAAGCAAAUAAGCGUUCCACACCAUUCCACCACGCUGAUGACCCCCUUUUUUUUCUUUCACAAUGUGGAACUCGGCUCUUGUUUUCUGAUGGAUUUUUUGUUUCCACCUUCAUUUCUACAAGCGCUGCUGUCAUUCCAUUUUCUUUAUCUGCGUGAGACUUUAUCGUCAUGCUUUGUUCUCUACACCUGUUCAUUUCCCUUGUUUUCGUAAUCGAAAUACCUGUUUCACUUCAUCAUCCAUUUUCUCUAGCAACUUCCUUCACUUUCUUCGUCUCCAGCUAAUGCAGCUCGUCUUAUUUUGAUUGUGGUCAAAUGUGUAGCAUUUUAUUGGGAUCGGCUCUGCUGGCCAGCAAAGUGCUUCUGCUCCAAUGAUUCGUUCUGUUUGUCUUUUUUUUCAAGCAUUUGAGCAUUACAAAGUGUUUGCUCCCAUAACAAUCAA